GUUGUGACGUCAUCAUUAUGUGUGUAUAGCAACAGAACAGCCAUCUGUUUACGGCGCCGAGUUCUGGUUGAAGUUUUAGAGCGGGAUUCUUCAACGCUUUUAAAAUUAUCAUUAUGACUUCUGCAUGUAGUAUUGAAGUCAUAGUGCAUGAAAUGUGUGUGGACAUUUUCAGAGAGGCUCUUGCAGAAAUGGAUAAAGAGGACAUGCAGAUUCAUUUAGCUGAGCCUUCUCCAGUACCACUGUUUGUAUCGGCAGGUAACAAGAAGCCACAAUUAUUGCUGUCAUGCCCUGCCAAACCUGAUACGGCAGAUAUGUUUACAUCAAAGUGUAGAGAAUUCCUCCCCAGGCACAAAACAUACUGUGAUGUGUCAGCCAUGCGUGAUGUGUCAAUGACCAAGUGCUGGAUAGAGUGCUCACCAGAUAUGGAGGACCAGAAUCUCCGCCAGAAACACAAACAACGUGUAGAUUCAUGGAGAAAUCUCCUCACCAUCAACAACACAAAGGAGACCCUCCUCCCCUGUGUGUUCAGAUACAAAGCCACAAAAUCUCUGCUGGACUUCAUCUGCCCAAUGAAGAAAACAAGGACAGAGGAAUUUGAAAUUAUUGAUCUGAAUGACAUCAUUCCCAAGAUUGUCAUCAACUUCUCUGAUGGUGUUAAGGAGGCCAGAUCACAAGUUACAUGCAAAGAGAUGUCAAGGAAGUCGCGUGACAGCAGCACUAAGCGGAGGAACAGGUUUCCGGGAUUUAGCAUUUUCUGUAACUAAUGAUCUGAACAGCUGAUCAGGAGCAGUUUAUUUGUGUUAUUUGCAGCAGAUUCUACCUUCUUAAGUAGGCAGCACAUAAUUCACAGAAUUUAGUCAAAUUUCACUGCUGAGGAAAGAAGACUGUAAAAAACACAAUUGUUAUAUUAAUUAUAGGAUCACAGAACAUUUUCAAAUAACAUUGUCGAUGAUUGAAAUGUAUUCAUUAAGGGAGAGAUACAAGGAAAAGCAAAUUGAGAAACUUUGAACCACAUGGAAUAAUUUCCAUUUAAUAAAUGUUAGAUAAUGAAAGAUUACUACAUGUAUUUCAAUAAGAUAUUUCUUUGUUCAUGUUCCUAAAGUGAUAAAAGUGCACGCUCAUUUUUAACUGAAGUCUUCUCUCAGGUUUUUGGUCAAAUAUUGAAUAUUCUUUUAAAUUUUGUAAACUUAAUUUGAUAUGAAAACUUUCAUUGUAUCUUUUUAGUAAUACAUUUGUAUAAUUUAGAACUGUGAAUUUGUGAUUGAAUUAACUCUUACAUGGUACUUAUAUAAAAAUUUUACAUAUAUUUAUGAUACCUAUUUUUAGCUUUACAUUACACUAUACAUCUCUGAUGCCAUUAUAACAUAAAAAGUGGUUCUGACAAUGUCAGGAAACAAGGAAAAUUAUAAAUGUUAUCAGUGUGAUUUUUAAAAGUAGAUGUAGAGUGCCAAAUUGUCAGAAAAUAAAGUCAACUUUUCAUUAAAAACUAAAAUGACUCAGGUGAUAUUUUUGUUUCGUAUUAUUUGACAGUAAUAGUAUUAUAUUACAAUGGAUUAUCAUACUAGAAAUAUACUAGAGUUAGAGAGGAACUCAACUAGUCAAGCUUAUUUAACUAUAUGCAUGUAUAUGUAUUUGAAUAUUAAGAUGAACUGCAUCACUUGAACAAUGUACAUCUAUUGACCUAUAUAUAGUUUUCCACAACAUGGCUGGGAUCAAAUUGAA